AUGGAUAUUCAAGCAGAAACUUUAAUUACGCUUGUCCAAGAGAGACCUGUUCUGUGGGAUAAGACCGAAGACAUCUAUAAAGACAAAAACUUAAAGUUAGCAGCAUGGCGUGAAGUAUGUUUAAUACUGAAACCAAACUUCGAUGAACUGGAUGAAAAAGAAAGAAAACAGUACGGAAAACAGGUUUCAACUAAAUGGAAUAAUAUACGAGAUUCGUGGCUUAAGACAGUAAAGAAACAAAAAGAUGAGUCUAAAUCUGGAUCUUCGGCCAAAAAGACACGAAAUUAUUUAUAUCACGAGCAAUUAAUGUUUUUGAAAAAAGUCUCCGAACCUCGACCACCACAUGAGUCAGUUUCAAAAAAAGCAAGAACUGAGACUGAACUAGGCAUGGAAUCAAAUUUUCGUUCACCUUUAAUUAAAGAUAAAAGAAAAAUUGAUAAUAAAGUGGUAAAUGACAGGAUGGUAAAGUUUUUGGACUCCAGAAUAAACCCAGAAAAGGAAAACCAUCAUCUGUCUUUCUUCACAGGCAUUAUACCAAUCUUGAACACUUUAACUAUCGAAGAGACUUUAGAAUUUCAAGCUAGCGUCAUGACAAUGUUGCAAAAAAUUAAAAGUAGGAACUAUGAGAGACCAAAUUACGGACAUUGGCGUGAUUCAUAUAAUCAGAUGACCGGACCAGAUCAGUAUUCUGGAUACUACACACAUAAUAGCGUCAAUCAACAGGCAACAACAUCUAUACCAUCAACUUCAUCUCAGACAUCGAAUCCGAUUCCAGCUUCGCCAUCAGCAUCUAGUAAUCAUUCCAUACAUUCCCAAGACUCAAAUUACUUUGAUUUUGAAGGGAUUUAA